UCGUGUGAACUCGGGGUAGUGGUCAAACCCACGACCCAAACAGUGCAGAGAGACGGGGGGGGAAAGCAGCGCCGCAGCCCUGCAGGAUAGCAGCAUAUUAAAACGCAACGCAGUCGGCCAGCUCUGGCUGCAUGGGCUAGUUUGAUAGCAUUGUCUGAGUGGCGCUGCUUCAACUGCAAACGGGAUUCGUAACUACGCUCCAGCUGUGUUUUCUCUAUCUCCCCCUCGAGUCCCCGGCUACAAGAUGAUGAAGUUCAGGUUUCGCCGGCAGGGAAACGACCCGCAGAGAGAGAAGAUCAAGCAGGAGCUGUUUGCCUUCAACAAGACGGUGGAGCAUGGCUUCCCCCACCAGCCCAGCUCCCUGGCGUUUGACCCAAGGCUGCACAUCAUGGCCAUAGGCACCAAGUCUGGUGCUGUCAAAAUAUAUGGCGCUCCUGGCGUGGAGUUCACAGGGCUGCACAAAGACACCGCCGCUGUCACCCAGAUCCAAUUCCUGCCCGCUCAGGGCCGGCUUCUGUCACUGCUCGACGACAACUCCAUCCAUCUGUGGGAGCUGGUGGGCGGGGCUCCCAGGGAAGUGGGCGGAGCCAGACGGGAGCCAACGGUGGGGCUCCAGGAAGUGCGUAGUUACUGCCUCCCAGGGAGGCCCGGCAUCGAGAACUGCAGCACCUCACGGGUCACCGUCCUCCUCCUCCUGGGGUCAUGUGACCUGCUCUGUGUCGGGACCGAGGGAGGGGGCGUCCACUUCCUGGAUUUGCCACGCCUGUCGCUGAGGGAGAACCAAUCACUUCUCCAAGACCAGGUCAUACAGAGCUUGCCAGAUGACUACCGAUGUGGCAAGUCUCUGGGGCCAGUGGAGUCUCUCCAGGAACACCCUCAGCAGCCAGGGGUGAUUCUGAUAGGCUACAGUCGAGGCCUGGUGGUGCUAUGGGAUCUGAGCACGCGCCACGUGGAUCACGUCUUCCUGGGCAAGCAGCAACUAGAGAGCCUGGUGUGGGAGCGUUCCGGGAAGUCGUUCGUCAGUUCCCAUAACGACGGGGGCUACUCGGUGUGGGCGGUUACCAGCGGUAACCCCUACACCCAGCAGCCAGUAUCCUCCACCAUCCCAUACGGUCCGUUCCCCUGCAAGGCCAUUAGCAAGAUCCUUCUGAGGACCACGGUGUCUGGUGCUCCCAUGCUGCUGUACAGCGGUGGGAUGCCCAGGGCGAGCUACGGGGACCGCCACUGUCUGACCGUCCAGCAGGACAAGGAGCACGUCACGCUGGACUUCACGUCCCGGGUCAUCGACUUCUUCACCAUCCACAGCGUGGAGCGGGAGCAAGAGUUUGACGAGCCCUCGGCCGUGGUGGUGCUGCUGGACGAGGAGCUGGUGGUGGUGGACCUGCACACCCCCGGCUGGCCCACGCUGCCCACCCCCUACCUGGCCCCGCUGCACUCCUCGGCCAUCACCUGCUCGUGCCACGUCUCCAGCGUACCCCCCAAGCUGUGGGACCGGGUGCUGCAGGCCGGCCGCGCCCAGCGACAGGCACCGCAGCAGCAGCAGCAGCAGCAGCAGCAGCAGCAGCAGCAGCAGCAGCGCGGGAGUUGGCCGAUCUGUGGAGGGAAAAACCUGGCGCCGUCAGCGAAACAGCAGGAACUGCUACUGACUGGCCACGAGGACGGCACCGUACGCUUCUGGGAUGCAUCGGGCGUGGCCCUCACGCCGAUCUACAAGCUCUCCACUGCCGGCGUCUUCCACACGGACUGCGACCCCGCCGACGACCCCCAGGGCCCCGACGACGACCCCGACGACCGGCGGGAGGAAGAGGACGAGUGGCCCCCCUUCAGGAAGGUGGGAUGUUUUGACCCCUACAGCGAUGACCCUAGGCUUGGCAUCCAGAAGAUCACUCUGUGUAAAUACAGCAACAAGCUGGUGGUGGCUGGAACUGCUGGACAGGUGCUGAUCCUGGCUCUGAGUGACGAGCGGUCGGACCACCAGGUCGAGGUGUCGGUGGUGGACCUGCUCCAGGACCGGGAGGGCUUCACCUGGAAGGGCCACGGCCGUCUGGACCCCCGCGCCCGCCCGGGCCCCUUCCCCCCAGGCUUCCAGCCCCAGCUGCUGGUGCAGUGCAUGCCCCCCGCCUCGGUCACCGCGGUGACGCUGCACGCAGAGUGGCACCUGGUGGCGUUCGGCACCAGCCACGGCUUUGGCCUGUUCGACUACCAGCGUCGCAGUGCCGUGCUGGCCAGGUGCACCCUGCACCCGAAUGACUCCCUGGCCAUGGAGGGUCCGCUGUCCCGGGUCAAGUCCCUGAAGAAGUCUCUCCGCCAGAGCUUCCGGCGAAUCCGCAAGAGCAGGGUGUCUGGCAAGAAGCGCCCCGUCCCCACCACCAUGCCCACCAGCAAGGUCCAGGAGGCCAACGCGGCUCUAGCGGAGCAGGAGGAUGUGGCCCCGGUGCAGCGGCGCAUCGAGCCACGCUCCGCAGACGACUCGCUGUCCGGCGUGGUCCGCUGCCUGUGCUUCGCCGACACCUUCCUGCGAGACGGAACGCACCACGGCCCUACCCUCUGGGCGGGCACCAACUCGGGCAGCGUGUACGCCUACGCCCUGGAGGUCCCGGGUGUUGGCUCUGGGCCGGGCCGGGGGGGCGAGCCGGGCAGUGGCAGCGGGGGGGGAGGAGGAGGGGGCGGGGCUGGCAGCAGCGUGGAGGCGUUGCUGGGGAAGGAGAUCCAGCUGAUGCACCGCGCCCCCGUGGUGUGGAUCUGCGUGCUGGACGGCCGCGGGCGCCCGCUGCCGGAGCCCUACGAGGCGUCCCGGGACCUCGCCGCCGCGCCAGACAUGAGCACCGCCCACUCGGUGCUCAUCGCCUCGGAGGAGCAGCUCAAGGUGUUCUCCCUGCCCAAAGUGAGUGCCAAGACCAAGUUCAAGCUGACGGCCCACGAGGGCUGCCGCGUGCGGCGGGUGGCGCUGGUGGCGCUGAGCUCGGCCGUGCAGGAGGACUACAGCGAGCACACCCUGGUCUGCCUCACCAACCUGGGGGACAUGCACCUCUUCAACGUCCCGGCGCUCAGACCCCAGGUGCGCUACGACUGCAUCCGGAAAGAAGACAUCAGUGGCAUUGCGUCCUGCGUCUUCACCAAAACUGGCCAGGGGUUCUACCUGAUCUCCCCCUCAGAGUACGAGAGGUUCUCCCUCUCGGCCAAGGUCAUCACAGAGCCGCUCUGCUCCCUGCAGCUGGACCGCCCGCUGGAGCACGCCUCAGCCAGUGACGGCCCCACAGCACAACCACGGGCCAACGGGACACACAAAAACCAGAUGGAUCAAGCUGAGGGUCAGGCGGAGGACCUCCAGAGCGGCCUGUCCUCCCCCGCCCAGGACUCUCCCCUUGACUCACCGCUCAGCUUCGCUGACCUCACCCUGGACUCCACUGGGGAGCUCACUGUGGAGGACGUCCGGGACUUCCUCACGACGGUGGACGAAGUGGAGAACAACAUGAGGAACAUCAAAGACGAAGAGGGGCGCACCGCGGGUAUCUUGAUCAACUGACCAAGAAGCGUCUUGGCCGUCGCCUGCAGUUGUCCAGUGGAGGCACCGAUGACCGACCAUACGGCUAGAUAACACAACAAGCAGCGGACAUAGAUACUUCUGGGUACGCCCCCAACCGUACCAUCUCGUCCUCCUCCUCCUCCUCCUCUCAUUACAACAGCACAGCCCCCACACGCCCAUCCACUCUAACUAUGGACACGAUAUUAGAAGAACGAAGCGUGGACAGAAGAAUACAAAGUUUCCUACUGGAUGGACCCCCAUCAUCUACAGAACCACUCGGGAACGUGACCUCACCCGCCCUAUGAGUAUUAUGCCAGGACGCACAGGCAUGCAUGUGAACCAUGGAUUACAUGGUUCAUGGUUGGUUUGGUGA